GUGUGCGGGCGCCAAGCAGGAAGUGACUUCGGGAGUGGAGCCGGCCCGGCGAGCCAGCGGCAGCGGGGCCCAUGGAAGUGGAGUGGGGGCUUGAGAGGGCACCGUACUGUAUCCAGCAUGCUCCAAGGCCACAGCGCUGUGCUCCAGGCGUUGCUGGGGACCUUCUUCACCUGGGGGCUGACGGCAGCCGGGGCGGCCCUCGUGUUCGUAUUCUCUAGCGGACAGAGGCGGAUCUUGGAUGGAAGUCUUGGCUUUGCUGCAGGGGUCAUGCUGGCAGCCUCCUAUUGGUCUCUCCUGGCUCCAGCUGUGGAGAUGGCCACGUCCUCUGGGGGCUUUGGUGCCUUUGCCUUCUUCCCUGUGGCCGUUGGCUUCACCCUUGGAGCUGCUUUUGUCUACCUGGCUGAUCUCUUGAUGCCUCACCUGGGUGCAGCAGAGGACCCCCCGACGGCCCUGGCACUGAACUUCGCCCCUGCGUUGACGAAGAAGUCUGACACUGAGGGUCCCAGGCUGCUCUUCCCUGAGAGUGAACUUUCCAUCCGGAUAGGUAGAGCUGGGCUUCUUUCAGACAAAAGCGAGAAUGGUGAGGCCUAUCAGAGGAAGAAGACGGUGGCCGCCAGCCUUCCCGAGGGCCCUGCGGUCCCUGAGCCUCCACGGGGGACCCCGGUGCAACCCAACAGCGGCAGCUGGAGGAGGAUCGCACUGCUCAUCCUGGCCAUCACCAUCCACAACAUUCCAGAGGGUCUUGCUGUCGGCGUUGGAUUUGGGGCUGUAGAGAAGACAGCAUCUGCAACCUUCGAGAGUGCCAGGAAUUUAGCCAUUGGAAUUGGGAUCCAGAAUUUCCCGGAGGGCCUGGCUGUCAGCCUCCCCUUGCGAGGGGCUGGCUUCUCCCCCUGGAGAGCCUUCUGGUACGGGCAGCUGAGCGGCAUGGUGGAGCCGCUGGCCGGGGUCUUUGGCGCCUUCGCCGUGGUGCUGGCCGAGCCCCUCCUGCCCUACGCUUUGGCCUUUGCUGCGGGCGCCAUGGUCUAUGUGGUCACGGAUGACAUCAUCCCCGAGGCUCAGAUCAGUGGUAAUGGGAAACUGGCCUCCUGGGCCUCCAUCCUGGGAUUCGUGGUGAUGAUGUCCCUCGACGUUGGCCUGGGCUAGUGCUGAGAUGCUUCGGACCCCAGGACAAGCGACACCAGGAAACUGCAACGGUUGGCUUCUACGGGACCACAGGCCUCUUCCUUUACGUUAAAACCCUCUUCCUUUCUCUCCUAUUCAUCUCAUUAUCCUGAUUGACUCUGAUUAUAGUAGGACAAUUUUUACCUUUCUUUGGAGGGAGAUAUUGGUUUCAUUUAGAAUGUUGAGGUGUCACGGAACUACAGAUUUUUGUUUGGCCACAGAAUAGAAUCUGUCUUUAGCAGGAUUACCAAGGACACACCAAUCAGGGAAAUAUCUGCUUUCACAGUCUCAAGUCUCCCUUGGUGGGCUCAGUGGCAGCUUCUCAAGGUCACCUACAGGAGCAAGCUACCAAGAGAGAAGCCUCCUAAGCAUUUUUGCCUCGUGACUCAGAGCAGAAUGGCCAGGACACCUCUCUUCUGUACCUCUUGAUCUUUCACCAUUGAUCGUCUACCCAUGAGACCAGAACUGGAACAUCGUGGACAUAGCAACCCACUCUCCAAGGUCCAGCCAGCCAAAGGAGGAAUAUGCCUUCCUCUGCGUCCCCCAAGGGAGAUGCUGUAUGGGAGGGGAACACAAAGGGAAGGGAGGCGGGUAGUCUUUCUCUUUCUUUCUUAUUUUUUCUUAAGGCAAAAAUCGACACUAUUGAUGUUAAGGGAAUUAGGGUAUUCAGACGACUAUGAACACAGAGCGAGAGUGCAGCUUCGAUUAGAGACCUCUGCUCUCUAUGGAUUCCAAGAGCAAAGUGGUUUGUCAUGGUUUCCAAAUCCCCUAGACAUUUAUUUCCAUAAGUCUAUAGCCUUCAGUUUUCUAAGAGACUUGGGGACACCAGCAGACAGCUGGAACUCAAGCCCUCGUGUAGUUACGAAGGGAGCCACUUAAGCUAACUUGAGUCAGAGAAAGACAUUUGGAAUCUGCAAUAGGUCCUUCCCUAUUGACUAUGUGACCUGUAACCUGACCUUGAAUGUUUAAGCUGCUGCAGGCUUUCCUGGAGUUUGGCCUGACAGUUUAGGAUGGAGAAGGGAGAAGGGGUAGGAAGAAAAAGAGAGGUUUUGUUUGUUUGUUUUGGGUUUUUUUUUUUUUUUAACAUUCCCCUUGUAGGGUAAAUCUUAGCCAAGUUAUCAUCCUGAAGUGACUCUAAAGGAUGACUUAAGUAGUCUACAAGCCAAUCUGCUCCUUCCUACACGUAGUUUCUCCAACAGGGGUGAUAUAAUCUGUCUGCUUCAAACAUAGGUAAGGCCUGCCCUCCUCAUUGGUCAAAGGAGCAUAUGGGACCUUGAGUGGGCUCCGCCAGCAAGGCAGGCAGCCCAAGAGCCAGCUUUCAGGUGUUGGGUUAUCAAUGCCUGCCCUCUGAGUUUACAUGUUGAAUUGCUUCCAAGGGUGAAUAAAUACCCUGCUCUGUGAAUGCUCUAAGACCCCCACAGCCAACCUUAGGCUGGGUCUGUGUAUGUUCUUCUGAAGCACUGAUGAACAAAAUUGAAGAUACAUUCAGAGGUUUUGAUUGGUUGAAAUUAACUGGUUUGGUGGUUGGUUUACGUUUAUUUUUAUGUCUUUGUAUGUAGUUCUACAUAAUGCAAACUUUCUGAUGGACAAGACCUCAUAACUGUGAUUAAUAUCAAUAAAGGGGAUAUUGUUGUGGAUGA